AUGCCUGUCCGCUCCCUGCAUCUAGCCAAGUCAGGCGGAGGAACAAACCAACGGUCUCAUUUCGCCCUCUUCAUCCCGGAAGCGGGAUAUGAUCGAGACACUAUCAGUGAGGACUUCCGGUCUCUCAAGGCUAUUGGAACAAGGAUCCAUAUUGUUGGAGAGCCUCUCAUGUCAGGCUUUGUAUUCGAGGUCCAUAGGAACUACAACACCCAAGCCUACCCGGACCUGAAGCAGCUGGUCUUCCUUGGCAAGAUCGACGAUUCAAUGCUCCACAAAUACCCAGAAACUAAGUCGGAGAUAAGAGAGAACACAUCGAGAAGCCUUCUCGAGCGAGUUGCAGAAUCUGUAACUCCCCCUCCUAAAGGACAAGACAUACGUGCACCAAUCGAUGGGGUAAGGGAGGUGACGCCAAAACCUUUCGGUGACUAA